AAAAAGUGGGCGGGGUGAGAGAGAGAGAGAGCAGAUAUGUAAUUCAGUCCUCUGUGUAUAACAGUAAUAAUAAAAACAGACGAGCGCACUGCAUGUUCCGGUAUAUCUGAUGUCUCAAACUACACAUCCUCCGCCAUAAAACAGUACUGCUGCCGGCUGUCUGCGGCUCUGAUGCGGGCAGCCAGCAUCCUCUCUCCGGCGUCCAGAAGUGAAUGAGGAGGGCCGCUGGUCGACAGGGAGGGGUCCUUUGAUAUCAGGGCUGUCUCCUCCUGGAUGGAGCCCGGCUGUAUGCAGGCAGCGAUGGCCAUGGGAGAUGUCUCGAAAAAAGCAUCGGCUCGUAACGUGGCGGUGGAGCGAAAAAACCUAAUCACCGUCUGCAGGUUUUCAGUAAAGACGCUGUUAGAGAAAUACACAGCAGAGCCCAUAGAUGAUUCAUCUGAGGAGUUCAUCAAUUUUGCAGCCAUCCUUGAGCACAUCCUUAGCCACCGUUUCAAAGGCUCCGGCAGCUGGUUUGAUGGUCAGAGGAGUUACUGGGACUACAUCCGUCUGGCCUGCGCUAAAGUGCCCAACAGCUGCAUCAGCAGCAUCGAGAGCAUGGAAAACAUCAGCACCUCACGAGCCAAAGGGCGAGCCUGGAUAAGAGUAGCCCUGAUGGAGAAGAGGCUGUCUGAAUACCUUGCCACUGCUCUGAGGGACAGCAGAACGACCAGGAGGUUCUAUGCAGAAGGAGCCAUCGUGUUAAGGGAGGAAGCCACGGUCCUAACAGGGAUGCUCAUAGGUCUUGGAGCCAUAGACUUUAGUUUCUGUCUGAAAGGGGAGGCCUUGGAUGGGAAAUCUUCUGCCGUGAUUGACUACACACCGUACUUGAAAUUCACACAAAGCUAUGAUUACCUGAGCGAUGAUGACGAUCGACAGAGUGUUGACAGCAGCACAAGUGAUGACAGCUUUCCCGAACACCCCUACAUCCCCCUGGUCACUGACGAGGAGAGCUGGAGUACAAAGUGUCGCAAGAUGGAGCAGAGGUUCAAGAUCGUCAAUGCUCAAAAGGGUUACCUGGAGGAGCUUGUGCGCCUGCGUGAGUCCCAGCUGAAGAACACAGAAACAGAGAACAAGAGGCUAAAGGCCCGAUUGGAGGAGCUGCAGAGCCACAGCCAACGGGAGAAGAAGGAACUGGAGGACAUAGUCCUGGAGCUUCAGGAGCAGCUGACAAGCUUGAUUCCAUGUGACUCCAACCACCUGGCCAAAAACCUUUCAAUCCCUUUGGUCAAUCAGUGGCCGACGCUCCAGCCAUACAACAACCAAGACGACGUCAAGCUGUUCCGAAGGAGAAGUUUCCCCAGCACAGAGCUGCUGUCAGUGGAGAUCAGCCUGGAUUCAGACUCCCAGAGGACGGAGGGGAAACAGAAUGGAGGAGCCUGGUGCACAGGAAAGGACUACACCCCCUCCAUGAUGGGCCUAUGUGGGUCCUUGGCAUCCCUCCCGAGCUGCAAGUCUCUGGCUAGCCUCAAGUCCAGUGAGUGCCUGGUCAACAUCAGCACAGAGAACAGUCCUGCCCUCUCUCCCAGCUAGGGGGUGCCAAAGAAACACUGCCUACCACUUAACAGACACUGAGACAAUUCAACAUGAAUACAAAAAGACUACUUUUGGUUGGCGGACAAAUGCUCUCUUUCGUGGCCCUUACGUGAGCCCCUUUACCUUUCUGCUCUGUGCCCAGCACUCUCUCAACUUUUAAGCUUUUGUGAAAGAGUAGCCUCUGUGUCUGGGACUGUCCAACAAAGAUGCAGGAAUAGCUGCUGUACUGCCUGACGGCCUCCUUCUGUUUCACUGUCUUUAAUUGUCUUGACAUGAUUAAGCGUCCUGAAAUGCAAACAGCUGGUUCAAGUUUGACCUCUCUUACGUCACGAUGCUUGAUUUUGUGCACUUACAGUCAUGUAUCUACUGGUCACAUUCAUCAAAACUCACUGUAUGGUUGUUCUGUAUGUUCUUGUCCAUUUUUCCGUUUUACCAGUCUGUCAGUGUAUCUUAUUCUGCCUCUUGCAUCAUACUGGCAGUACAGGAUGGAUGAGCUGUUGUGGGAAUAGAAACAAUGUUUUGCCGUAUUAUAUUACACUAUUAUUAGAGAGAUAAAAAGAAAGGCUUGCAAUGUGCUGAGUUAAAGUGGCCAGGCGGUUUUAUGAUGAAGAUUAUUUAAAAAUUAACAGUUGCAACUUCAUGAUAUUGGGGUGAAUGACAGUUUGGGCCUUAUUCAAUCAUACUGUAGGUUAGAUAUAUAUUUUAGAAUGUGACAUAAAAGAUCGGUCAGGCUACCAAGGUUUGCAGAGCCAUACAAUGUGAACAUAGAAAAACAGACAUAAUAUCUAUUGCAUACAAAUGCAAAGUGCAUUGUGACUAUGCAGAAUGAAUGUUUUCAUUGUCUUCAAACCUGGCAGGAAUAGUUUGAGCAGGAGAGAAAUAGUGAAUGUGCAACGUGUUUAUGUGUGUCAUUUGAUUUUUUUGCCCCCAUUUUUUUUCUUAUGACCUUUUCAUUUUAUAUUAUAAUUAAUUUCAUGGUAUACUUACUUUCAUUAUUUCCCAUCAUGUAAAUUGCAAUCUCAUGCAGUGUUGUUGAGAGUUGGAAUACAUUGUGUUAUUUAAAAUUGCAAUAAAUCUGCCUUAUUUUGAAACAUUAAA